AUGGCUCGAUACAAGAGACCAACUUCUCCCAAAUUUCAGCGAGCGAUAAAUAUGUUCAGGUUAGUUGCCGGAAAAAGGCCUCCUGUUAGAACUGUCUUGCUGAGAGGGAUACCUUGUCCUUCUUUUGCAAAGGCUUUCUACUCCACACCGCAGAGAAAAAUCAGGAAACCAGAAGAGGGCCCAAAAAUCAGGUACUUGGUGCUUGUCGUUUUUGCUUCUUUUGGAUUGUUACACUUUGUCACCACGCAAGUGGAUAAAAAGGCACCCAAGAACUCUUUCACGGAGCGCGAGUUUGAGCAAUAUGAACGAGAGACCGGUUUGAGAAGAAGACACAAAUUGAUAAAUCACGAGAAGAAUGACCAGUAUGCCUUCUAUGCUGUGCCAUACGCCCAUGAUGUCAGUAAAGCUGUGCAACUUUUAACUAAAAUGUUACCCAAUGAAAAACAAGUUAAAGUCAUUGAUCCUAAGCAAUUGAUCGAGAAGGAACUCGAGGAUGAGGGCAAGUAUUCAUAUUUGUUACAAGACUUGUUAGCGUAUAAAAAGCCUUUACCUCGUGGAUUGAUAACAGCAUUGAUGAAACAGGAGAUUGAAUUGUUUCUCAAUACGACCAAGGGUCAAUUUGACACCAACAUUCUUUUGAUGAACUACCCUCAGUCUACAGAUGAAGCAAUCAAAUUUGAGAAUGAUGUAUCCGAACUUAAAACAUGCAUCGUGUUAGAAGACGAUUUCGCAAAAUCGCUUCAUGAUGAUUUGAGCGAUGACGACGUACGGAAAGUUAACAAUGUCGUUGGUUAUUUCGAUACUGUUGGCAAGGCUGAAAAAGUGAAUUCCAAGGUUAAAGUUUUAAACUAG